AUCAACCAAACCUCUAGUAGGCUUCCACGAGGCUAGAGUGCUCUAUAGAUCCCGGUGCACCUCCACAAACUGCGGAAAUGCUGCCAGUGUAUGCGCUUUAACAAGCCUUGUAAGUAGGCGUGCCGUAUGCCAUGGUCAAGGUAUCCAAAUCCGAGUCACCUGUGGCCUCAGGCUGACUCCUGAUCGGCCGCAUCCAUAUUUUAUCCUACUCGUCCAGGGUGUUAAUUUAAAGGUUGCAAAUAACUGGUGGACCUGAACUGUCUCCACGCUGCCCGCACUAACCGCUCAGGACAUUUAUGAUAUUAAUACCCACUAUCAUAUCUGGACAACUUGAAGGCGCUCAUCCAACCAGUCGUUCCUUUCAAUUUGUACCAUCACUUGAUCAGGGCACCAUGGGCUCAGAUAGCAUCGAGUCGACCUCCGAAAAGCAAAUCGUUCUGAAUCCGAGAGAGCGAGCGCGCAUUCUGCGCAAGAUCGAUUGGCAUCUACUACCUUUCUUAACGGUAUUUUACCUCUUGUCGUUCUUAGAUCGGGUCAAUGUUGGAAACGCGAAGGUUGCUGGUAUGUCCACAAACCUGAACUUGACCGGCUUCAGGUAUAAUAUUGCUGCGGCCGUCUUUUUUAUCCCGUACUGUUUUGCUGAGGUCCCCUCGAACAUCGCACUCAAGCUAUUCAGACCAUCGCGAUGGAUACCAUCUAUCAUGGUCGCGUGGGGUGUUGUAAUGACCCUUAUGUGUCUCGUCAAAUCAUACCAAUCACUCGUUGUAGCUCGAGUGUUCCUUGGUUUGACAGAAGCAGGAUUAUUCCCUGGAAUAAAUUACUACAUCUGCCUUUGGUAUCCACGUUCGGAACGGUCCAAGCGCAUCGCCAUAUUCUUCUCCUCAGCAGCAGUCGCAGGCGCCUUCGGCGGACUCCUUGCGUAUGGCAUUGAGCGGAUGGAGGGGGUCGGAGGAUUGCAUGGUUGGCAAUGGAUUUUCGGCUUAGAGGGCAUUGUCACUGUCCUCGUUGCAUGUUUCUCUUUUUUCUAUAUGCAAGAUUAUCCUGAAACGGCCAAGUUUUUGACCGAGCCAGAGAGACUAUGCAUCAUGAAUAUGCUCAAACAGGAUGCAAAUAAUCUUUCCACUCGAUUUGAUACUCAAUUCGUCUGGCAAGCCAUAAAAGAUUACAAGACUUACGUCCAAAUUAUCAUUUAUAUGGGGUUGCUCGUCCCUGGUUAUGCCAUUGCCCUAUUUUCACCAACCAUCAUCAACGAGCUUGGCUACUCUGCUGCGAAUGCCCAGCUGCUCUCAGUCCCCCCAUUUGUUCUUGGCGCUAUUGGAACAAUCAUAGUCGGCAUCUAUUCUGACAAGCACAAUCUUCGUGGCCCAUAUAUCAUUGGUGGCGCUCUUGUAUCUCUUGUGGGAUAUAUCCUGCUUUAUUGCAGCGUACGGGCGGGCCCGUCGUAUGUUGGAGCUUGUCUGGCUGCUGCCGGAGAUUAUCCAACCGUCGCCAUCGUGCUUGCUUGGUCAGGUUCGAAUGCAGGAGGUGACUUAAAACGUGGAGUUGUACUAGCGAUGGUCAUUGGUCUUGGUAACCUUGGAGGUAUUUGCUCCUCCUUCAUUUAUAUUGAUCCGCCACGUUUCCACAUUGGGCAUGGCACUAUCAUGGGGUUCCUUUCUCUUGCGAUCGUAAUGAGCCUGUUCGCUAUGUGGGACUAUAAUCGGCUGAACAAAAAGAAAGAAGCACAGUGUCUGGCAGAAAAUAUCACCGAGGAAAGAGGAUACGAAUUUAGGGACAUGGGCGACAACAGUCCCCUUUUCAGGUAUACCAUAUGAGACGUACCGACUGUCCUUUUUGAGCACUCCUUGAUUGCGCACAUCAGCUUGGGAUAACGAAUACCUACGUCUCAUUUGUGAUACUACCGGCAUGAAGGAAUAUCAC